AUGAUUCUCCAUCCAGACAAGAAGUACAUCGGCCCUUUUGAGGUAGAGAUCAGGGAUCAACAUGACUAUUGCUUCCAUGUAGAUAAAGAACCAGAUGGCAAACCAUGGUUUCAGGACAUUAGAAAAUUCCUUGCAACUAGAGAAUACCCGGAGAAUGCUACUAAUGGUCAAAAGCAAGCCCUCAAGAGGCUGGAAAACCACUUUUUCCUCAAUGGGGAGGUCUUGUACAGGAGGACCACAGAUUUAGGUUUGUUGAGAUGUGUAGACACUGCGGAGGUAAACCGGCUAGCAACAGCCAUCUCAGUAGGAGCGAUCCCGCUCCAGUUCCCGCAGCCCUACUAG